AUGCGCACUUCUACUUCCGCUCCGUUUUAUAAUGGCGGUGUAAACAAAUCUCUUAGGUCACAGCGUCUGAACGUAUUGGCUGAUAGCAUGAUGCCAUCCCCUACUGUUCAGGGUGCUGUCUCUGAGUAUGAGCACCUCAGCUAUAAAUACAGUAGAUUUGGUCCUGAGAGAGACAGUAUUUGGAAUGAAGAUGAGAAAGGGGACUUUAUUCCUCUAAAGCCUCCGAAACACUCACUGCAAAGCAGUUCAUCGUCUGUGCCUUCAAUGACAACCGACAGAAACUUCAAUAACCCCAACACCAAUUUGGCCUCAAGCUCUUUAAAGUCAUAUAUUCCGGCAGAUGAUGAGACUCUCUCUGCUAAAGGUGUCCCUUCACCUCUGGCAUGGAGCCCAGGCAUGUUGGCAGGUCCUUCCAUAUUCCUCACACCAGAAAAAUCUUUGGGUCAGGACUGGUCUUCCAAAUCUAGUAAGGAGAACAUUCUAGAACCACAUGAUACAAAUCAAAUCCCUGUUCCAAUGGCAUGGAGUCCAGGAAUGAAUGUUAAACUAAAUCCAUCACUGUUUGUGACCCCAGAAAAGCCUUUGCCUAAAUAUCUCAGUGUUGUGAAAGACAAUUUUGCUCUAGAUUCAGCUGAAAUAAAAGAGAAUUUGGAAGACCAGACUAGUGAUUUAAAGACUAAGGGAAAGCACUCUGUACGUUUUGAUCUUCCCUCUGCUUCCUCGGGUGAUGAGACUAGUGAUUCUGUUGAUUUUGCAAAUAUGAAAUCGCCCAUCACUUUGAAAGGACGGGAACUAAGUAGUAGUUCAAAUUUUGAAUCUCCCAGUAGUGGAUCCCCUCAGUGGAAGCCGCUGAGCCCUCCCAAAAGCUAUGACCCUAAUGCCUAUUCUGAUGAGUCAGUGCUGGAAGACUCUCUAGCUUUGCACGGUCCACAAACAUACAAGUCUAGUGAGAUGAGUUUACCCAGUCUUUUAACUUUCGCAUCUACCUCUAAAACAGCUUCCCUUACCAUCAGUCCUUCUGACGGGGAUUCUGGCAUUUCCAUAGAGCCUGGUACUCUCCAAAAAGAAGGAAAGUCCCUUUCCAACAGAAAAACUAAUCGGAAGACUAUUAUAAAGACGAAACCUUCCGCUGACUCAUGUACUAGGAAGUCAAUAAUUAAUUCACAAUCAGAUCUACCUGGCAAUUUUGUAGUUCUCGACAAUCUAAAGACAAGGAAGAAGAAAAAACAAGCUGGACCACAGUUUUUGAAAUCUGCUCUUUCACAGUAUGACAAGAACCCACCGAAACCUUUCAUCAUUCGCGAAAGCAAAAACAAACAUGUGGAAGCAGAAUAUUCGUAUCCUUUCGAUGGAGGUAAAGAUGUUGGGGAUUCAGAGUUUGAACAUGCAUUUGCACGGCCUGAGUUUAAUUCUACUUUGCGAGUCAGGUCUGAGCUGGAUGAUCUCUGCGAACAGGAAGUGGAUGUGCAGGCAGCUGUGUUGGACACUCUUGCCAAAUCAGAGCUGAAGAGAACAGAGAUGAAUGAAAAGGCUUCACUGUACACCAACCACUCAUCUGACCAGUUCCACAAUCUGGUUGACUUGGACACCUCAGUGGAGACUCUGUGCGAGAGGAUUGUGCGCAUGAGAACCAGCAAAGCUACAGGGAAGAAAAAGGCUUCUUUAUAUGGCAAGAAACCUAUCCAGUCAGACAGAGCACCGGACUUGAUGGAAUUCUUCUCUCCUGAGCUCCAGAGAGAAACACCGGACUUGUCAUUACCGGGAGUAUCGUAUGUGACCUCUAAACUCUUGACCUCGCCCCAUGACAUAGCUUUUGAUCUAUACCGCCACAACAGACUAUGGAAUGGCAUCAAUGACUUUUAGAAGAUAAUUAUAUCCAGUGCUAGUCACAUUGUCCAUUUCUUUGAAGAAUUUUGACAAAAAUGGCACAGCAACCUGGGCUUUUAAUAUUCUGGAACCAUAUUUUUCUGUGAGCUUUUCCCACCAAAUCUAUUGUAUCCUUAUCCAUACAAUCAGUUAUUGGUAUAAUAUAAGAGUGUUCAUGGUAUGUAAACUCUGUUAAGUAGUUCAACUGUUCCUGAUAUUUUAACUGAGAAUUCCCCAGGCAUUCUUAUCACAGCUACUUUAUAAAGAAAUUAAAUACCAUGAGCAAAUUUGGUUAUUGGAUUUUGUUUCGUUUUUGUUUUGUUUUGGGGGGAGGGGGGAGGUUCAAUUCGAUUG